CUAGCUAGCGCGGCGCUGCUGCGCGGGUAAUACGAACUCGACUCGAGCUCGUCGUCGUCCGCGCGCUAGCUAGCUGUACCGCGGCAUUGCGACUUUCUUGUCUUGACAGUUCGACAAAGAAUAUGCCAAUUCACAAGGAUUCCAAAGCUGUUAUUACAUUAUGUGUGAUAGCAACUAUUGCAACACUAUCAUAUUACUUCUGGAGAUUGAAGAGAUCAAAGAAAGCCUGUGACGGUCAAGGAAUAUUGGUUAAGACACUGGAUGAAGAAUUUGAGGAGAAGGAGACCAUGGGUGACAGAAGGAAGUUAGAUCCCAUAAAAAGUAGGAGGAAGGAUGAUGGUGAUGUUCCUUCCAAUAAUUGCAUCGGGGAAGAUGAAGAUGAUCAGUCCAGUGAUACCAAGAUCUUUGUAAGCAACAUCGGCUAUCAGGUUCGGACAGGAGAGCUUAAGGAUUUUUUCAGCUACUUUGGUCAUGUGACUCAGGUCAACCUCUUGAGAGAUCGCAACAGAAAGAGAUCAAGAGGAUUAGCAUUCAUAACUUUUCGUAAAAGGACAGAAGCAGAGAGAGCUAAAGCUGCAUCUGACUAUGAACUUACUCUGGAUGGGAGGUUAAUGAAAUGCAGCGAUGUGCAAAGAAAGUCAAGGCGAAGCCAAAAGGACAAGAGCGAGGUAGCCUCCAGCCAUGAAUUCAAAGUUGAUGUAAUGCCACAGACUGUCAAAGAAGAGCCACCUUCCAUUGGGGAUGGGUAUGAAGGCAAGGUCUUUGAAGAUGAUUCUUUGGUCAAUGCUCUACCUGAUGACGUGCUUAUCAAGAUCUUUAGCUACCUCACCAUGCAAGAAAGGAUCGCUAUUGAAUCAGUAUGCAAGAGAUGGCGAAAGGUGUGUGAAGCAACAUGGCUUUCUCAGUCUUCCCUUCACUUCACUAAUAUGUUCAAGGGAUUUUCAUUCUCAGAAGAACAAGUGGGCCCCACUGUAAUGACCGAUGCUAUCUUGAAGUCUAUUCUAUUCAAGGGUUGCUACAAUCUCAAACAUUUGGAUAUCUCGGCCUCUCCAAGGUUUCUCUCUGUAAGAUCACUUAAUUGUAUUGGUCAGGUGUGCCGAGAGCUGAAGUCACUCAACUUGUCAUUCUCCAAAGUGGAUAACAACAGCAUCAAGACUAUCACCAACGGCUCCAGGAACAUUGAGAGAAUCAUUUUGAAGGGAUGUCAGGAGCUUGGAGAGAAAGGAGUCUGGUGGCUGUUUCACAAUUGUGAAAACCUAUAUCAUGUUGAUUUGACAGAGAAUCGUCGUGUUAAUGGAAAGUGCUUUCACAUCCUGAACAAGCACUGCAAGGUUGUGUUAUUGAAUGGCUGCUGUAGUGUUAAUGAUAAAGGAUUAGAUUGCCUCACAGCAAAGUGUGGAGAGAAUCUCCAGGAACUUGAUAUCAGUGGCUGUAUGAUCAUCUCUGAUAAAGGUUUCAUCAAUCUCACAGCGAGAUGUAAGAGUCUACAGAAUCUAAAGAUGUGUGGUGUUCACUCCAAAGUGACAUCUGCUGGUCUGAAGACCCUGAGCAACCUGACAUCGUUGGACACCUUGCAUCUAACCUACCAUCAAGAGAUGAGUGAUGCGAUCCUUGCAGAGCUUGCUUACCAUUGCACAAGACUGAGAGAACUGCGGAUAGAUGGAUGCAACUUCCAGGAGAUCACGGAUGUAGGGAUGCGAUCCCUGGCACACUGCCCUUGUCUUGAGGUCCUCAAUAUCAGCUAUCUGGGAAAGGUGACCGAUGAAGGUUUUAAACAUCUAGCUUUGGCAGGUAGACUUCAGACGUUGGUUGCUAGGUCUCUGCAUAUCACCGAUGAAGCUAUUGGACAUCUUGCCGCUCACUGCCUGAGACUUAGAGAGCUUGAUGUAUGCGGAUGUACUGCUUUAACCAUCAACUCUGUUCAGGUAUUCCUUGAAGCCAGAGAUACAAUGACAGAGGCCAUCUCACCUUUGACUCUUGACUAUGGAGGAACUUCAAUAACCAGGGAAUCUUUAGCAGAGCUUGGUGAUAUUGAUAAGAGUGUUACUGUAUGUCUACAGAACUUCAAUGCUCCUCCUGGUCAGCGCUUUCCAACUCUUACCUAUGAUGAACGGUUGGCAGAUUCAAGUGAUUCCAGUGAAGAAGACGAAGAUUUUGAAGUGGAUGUUGAUCCUCUAGACGAUGAACGCCCUAUAUUGAAUCUAGCAGUGCAUCUUAAUCUCCCUCGGACCAGACAAACAAGAAACAAUAUUGAAUAUCUUGAGGUGCCUGCAGAAUCAGAUGAACCCUGGGACGGCAUAGUGCAGUCAGAACCUGCUGAAUGUCAGGGUAGUGACCCUGUUGUAGGUGACCCUGAACAGUUCAGAGAGGUUGGUCAGGAGACUAGUGGAGAAGUUCCUUUGGUUCCAGGUAAGGAUGGCACAAAUGGAGCAGGAAACUUUCAUGUGUCCCAAGCUCACCCGGAAGUCCAUAUGGGUGAAUGUUUGAAUGACAGUCAUGGGUUCUUAAACCAUGGACCUGCAACUGAGUUGACAGGGCCUGCUGGACCAGGCCACUUUGCCUAUGCUAAUCCAGACCUAGCUCAGUUUGUAGACGUCGAGGAGCACCUGCUGGCAGGUGACCAUGGAAGGGGUGGAGACUGGUCAAUAGCGGAAGAAGAUGUGGAUGAUUUCUUGGAUGCUGAUGACCCAGCUUAUAUGAAUGAUAUGCUACUCAGUUGAGAGAGGUCAGUCCCGUUACUGAUCAGAAUACUGGUAAAUGGAGAUGGGAGCAGCAAUGGCGGCAGAGACUGGUGUCCCUGAGGACUUCCUGCAGGUUAGUCUGAAUUUUGGUGAUUCAGUGAGCAAGAUUAAAAUCAUGCUUCACCAGUGGGAAGGCAAUCAUUUACCACACCAUGGCAAACGCAUGUAAAAGUUGAGGCAUCAAUAACCACAAAAAUUGAGGACUUAUACAUGUGAUUUUUCAGCAAGCUCAGCGAGCAAAGGUGAAGUUCUCAGUAAAGAAGGACAAUCCUUCAACAGAUCAGAGCAAUGGCAAGUAUUAGGCAAAAAGUUAGGCUGCUGGUAACUUUAUUCUGAUGAACCUGGAUGUUGAUGAUUUUAGUCAGGAAUGAUGAAGUAUUCUUAAUUUUAAGGACGGUUCUCUAGCAGAAUACUGCGAUUGCAAGUGUCAAGGAAAGCGUCACUGAUGAAUGAGUUGAAGAAUUUGUCAACAUUCAUGCUGAAAUGUGUUUUUGAUGGCAGGUAUGGAAGGUGUUAUAAAGUUUUCACCCCACAAUGUAGUGAUUGUGACUGUGUAGGACCAGUGGUAAUUGUAUAAAUUGCUCGAAGUGGAAGAAUCAACAGAUUUGGCAGGAAAUGACAAAACAAAGAGGAUGUGUGUUAGCUUUUGUAGUCUUUGGCUGCAGGUUACUCAUAUUCCAUGUAUUGUUUAAAGGCUAUGUCUGCCUCAACAAAUAAUAGUAGAUGAUUUUAAUAAAUAGAGAAAAAUCAAACAUUGAAAAUAUCAUCAAAAUAUGAUGUAAAUUAAGAUAGUUAUGACAUUUUGAAAUGGUUGUGUAACCCCACAAGACACGCACAUCCUGGUCAUUAUGCAAAUGAGGGAACUGAUUUCAUCAAAAUCAGAUGUUAAACAAAUAAAGUAAUGACAUUUUGGCAAUUUCCUUAUUUUUGCAGAGCAUUUAUAUGGACAACACUGAUGAUAUAUGCGAUAUGAUGAAGGGUUCAAAGUCCAAUGGUUUAUUUCCACAUUUCUGUAAGAUAGAUUUACAACAUUCAUGAAAAUUUGAAAGAAACGAAAGAUGCAAGAAUAGAUUAAAAGAAGAAUAUAUAUUCAGUAAAUCAUGCAAAAAGCAUUCACAAGAAUCAUAUUUCAUAAACCUAAAAUAUUAAUUGUAGGCAUACAAGCAAAAAAAGACAGAUGGAUAUCAUGAUGCAAAAUUAUAUAAGGAACUAGCUUUAAGAUGGAAUCUAUAGGAACUGUUCAGUGAUACUUGCCAAAUAUUUGUAGAACUUUCAUUGAUAUAUAUAUUUUUUUUUUAAGUUUGCUACUUUAGGAAAUUAUAUAAAGGAAGAGAAGAAUCAUUGCAGGGUCAAUGCAAUUUAAAGUAAAGCCUUGUUGAGUUUUUCAUAGUGUUUCAAGAGUAGAUGGUGAGACAAAUAACCAUGUGUGCUAAUAAAUGUGCAUUGUAUGCUUCUAGUCUUAAAAAAGUAGUCCAAAAGUGCACAGAUAAACUUCUAACAAUCAAUGAUUUCAUUAUUAUGUCAUGAAAUGUGUUAUAUAUCAUCUCAUGCGUAACUGUGGGCAGAAUUUUCACAAGGUUUUUUUAAUUUGCGUUAAGUUUUUAAAAGAAUUAGAUUGGUCUGUACUCCCUUACCUCUGCAAGUUAUUUUUUGAUGCCUCAUUGAUUCUGUACAAAGAAUGUUGCUGAACUUUGUUCUAAGCUUUGUCCUUAUGAGCUUCAAUACUUUAAGAUAUCUUAGUUAAAAUGCAUUAAGAGAGUUUUGAUUAAUUACAUAUGGUGCUUGCUUUCAUAUUUCAGUAUUGUUCAAAAUGUUUAAUCCGUCUUGUGUUUCUAACUGUACAGGGAGGUUACCUAAAUUCUUUAUUUUGAUAACAAUAAAAGCAGCUUUUGAAGUCAAAUCAUCAUUUGUUCACUCUUGUAGUAAAAGUUUUUUUUUUUUUUAUUGCAUAAAGAAGUAGAAGAUUAUAUAGUUUUACUUUCAUGAAGACUACUUCAUACUCUUGCUCAAGGAGAACUUGCAUGGGCAAAUCUAGUAGCAUGGGCCCUACACUGCUACACAUGCUCCAAGACUAGUACUUUUUGCUUAUACAUGACUUGUAUAAUUUUUUUUUAAUCCCUCCAAACAAAACUCAAUUUUGAGAAGUCUCGUAUGUGUGGAUUCUUAAAAUUACAAUAUUUUGUUAAAGUUU